AUGGAAGUUGAAUUUCAACAGUUUCAACGUGUACUUCAAGAACAACAAGAUAAACGAGAAAGGAUUAUCCGGAUCUCUCGAGAAAUCACAAUUCAAAGUAAACGAAUGAUUUUUCUGCUUCAUCAAGCAUCAUCAACGAAGUUUCCCUUACCGUUAGAAUUUGACAAAACAAAGCAGCACAAACAAAACAUCCAAAAACAACUAGGUUUAUUGAAGCAAGAACUGGAUACUCCGGAUGCUGAGCGAUAUGCUGCAUCCUGUUCUCCUGGUAUCCAAGAAUUUGUUGAAGCUUACGCAUUUGAAUAUUGGUUGCAACACCAGUCUCUCAUACAGCCAAAUGAUGCCAAGUUCCAGAUUGAUCUUCAAUCCUUCGACUAUGUUUUGGGAGUUUGUGAUAUGACCGGUGAAAUCAUGCGUUUCCUUAUAACUCAUGGGUCAAAGUUCGCUAUGGUCGACGUUCUUUCACAUGUUCAGUUUCUUCGUGAACUGAAUUUGGAGUGCACAAAAUUAAGAAACUUGAAUCGUCGUUCCCAAAACGAUUUAAAGCAAAAACUUGGCGUCAUGGAUAACAGUAUUUCUAAAGUCGAAAGUAUAUGUUACAGCAAAAUCCUCAGAAUGUCUGACCAAACAUCUGUGAAGAGGGACAUAGAAGAUCUAGCUUCGGAACAGAAAAAGGUUCGUAUUCAUUGA